AUGGCCGACAAUCCACUCCUAUCGAUAUUGGAUCAAAUUGAAAAUUUAACCAGGGAAACCUUAAGAAAGGUCAAUGUCAAUAUCAGAGAUACCAGUAAUGCUAGCAAGGAAAUUGACUUAAUUGCCAACAAAGAUGAGGAAUUCAGGAAAGCGCUCGUUGAUGCUCAAGGUAAAAUUGAAGUGUAUAAUAAAAUUAGAAAAUGCAACGAAGCCGUAGUUCAACAAGAUCGCGUUAUUGUUCAACUUAUGGACAAAUUAAAGCAAGCAGAAAGUAGUCUGAUGUCCGCUAUAGAAAACGCAAAAGAAGUCUUACCUUGUGAAGAGAGUCGCUCCGUAAAUUCCGAAGAUUUAAUCAAGUAUGCAUAUGAAAUUAGUAGUAAUCACGCCGUUUGCGCCCCAACAAAUUGGCAACAAGGAGAUUCAAGACGUCCGUACCCAAUUGAUAUCGAGAUGAGAGCAGGAAUUUUGGGAAAGCUUACUGAAUACAAUGUUAAUGGCGAUAAUGCUAUUGAUGUAGAUUACGGCAUUUCAAACAGUAAUAAAAAUAGUGAAGCCGUAGACGAUAGCAAUAAGCAAAAUGAAAAUUUAAGCGAUCAACCGAGCGAAAGUGAUAACGAAGUAGAAAACCUUGAAAAUGACCAAGGAAUUAAUAAUAAUAUUGGCAUGAUGUCUACUGAUAGCUCCAGCGAUUCAUAA